CGAUGUUUGGACGGAGGAGCGAGUGGACGCAGAGCCGCAGAUCUGGGGAGAGAAACCUGAGUUGUUACAACAUGGAGGGGAGGCGGGCUCUUCUGCUCUGCCUUGUUGUGGUGGCGUGUUUCCAUGGCAACGCCGCUCAGCUGACAGAAUGUGCCAAAGCCAGCACGGCUGACAUUGUCUUCCUGGUCGCUGGCUCGUCCAAUGUUGGCACCACUAACUUUCAGGAAGUUAGACUGUUUCUGCGAAAUGUCAUCUUAGGCCUUGACAUCGGCCCAGACAAAGUCCGAGUCGGCUUGGCUCAGAACAGUGAUGAUCCCCACCAAGAGUUCCUGCUGAAGGACCAUUUGGACGCCCAGUCUCUGCUGGCUGCCAUCGACACAUUUCCCUACCGGACAGGAGGCACAAAGAUGGGCAAAGCCAUAGAGUUCCUGCGUACGCAGUAUUUCACCGAGGCCGCAGGGAGCCGAGCCAACCAACGAGUGCCUCAGAUCGUCGUGGUCAUCACAGACGGGGACUCCACAGAUGAUGUUGAGGAGCCAGCCCAGAAACUGCGACAGGAGGGGGUCAUCGUCUUCGCUAUCGGGGUGGGACAGGCCAACAUGGAGAAGCUAGAGUCCAUUGCUAACCGGCCUUCACAGCGUUUCCUGUUCAACAUCGGCAGCUUCCAGGCCCUGCAGAGGUUGACAGAGGGUCUGCUGCAGACGGUCUGCGUCUCCAUGGAGGACCAGAGACAGGCCUUGGCUGAAAAGUUUGCAGAUAUUUUCUUCCUGGUGGACGGCGGUCUCUCACAAAGUCAGUUCCAGCUGGUCAGAACCAUCCUCACCCGACUGACCAAUCAGCUCAACUUUGAAGCCUCGGCGUACCGACUGGGUCUGGCUCAGUACAGUCAGCAGGUGCAGGUGGAGUUUCUUCUCAAUAAGCAUCAAACCAAAGAGCAGACCCAGAAUGCCAUCAAAAGUUUCCGCCCACUCAGACUCUCACCCACUGAUCCACGGAACCUGGGUGCCGCUCUGGAGUACGCCAGCACCAACAUUUUCACCCGAGAGGCAGGAAGCCGAGCAGACCAAGGCCACCCACAGUUCCUGGUGGUUCUGAGUGGAAAGGACUCUGAUGAUUCUGUGUUUAAACCGGCCCGUCUGAUUAAAUCAGAAGGAGUAACGGUGGUGGGAAUGAGCCUCGGUGCAUCACUGACUGAGCUGCGUGUGAUAGCCACACCACCACACGUUUACCAGUUCAACAACACCGCAGCGCUCCUGCUCAGGAAGACCUUUGAAACCGAGGAACCAGGGACCUUUGUAACUGGAGAUUGCAGAAUUGCCAAACUGGCAGACGUGGUGUUCAUCGUCGAUGAGUCUGGAAGCAUCGGAGAUCCCAACUUCCAGCUGGUCCGAGCCUUCCUGCACUCCAUCAUCAACGGGCUGGACAUCAGUCCGACCAGAGUCCGAGUGGGCAUCGUCCUGUACAACACAGAGCCUACGGCGCAUGUCUACCUGGACACCUUCAGCAACAAAACCGAACUGCUGAACUUUGUCAGAAUCCUUCCUUAUCGAGGAGGGGGUACAAACAGUGGAGCCGCCUUGAAUUUCGCCCGCGAGAAUGUCUUCAUCGAGGACAAAGGAAGCAGGAAGGCAAAGGGUGUCCAGCAGGUGGCAGUGGUGAUCACUGACGGAGAGUCUCAGGACAACGUGAGCGAAGCAGCAGCUGAUCUACGGCGUGCAGGAGUCACCGUUUACUCGGUGGGAGUUCAAAAUGCCAACGAAGCGGAGCUGCAGCAGAUAGCCUCCUAUCCUCCGCAGAAACAUGUGUUCAUCGUGGACAGCUUUGCCAAACUGAAAUCUCUGGAGCAGAGCCUGCAGAAAAUCCUCUGCUACAACAUCUUACAGCAGGCGUUCUCUGUGGUUACAAGAAGAUCCGACAUCAAAGAAGGCUGCGUUCAAACAAAUGAAGCGGAUAUCUUUUUCCUCAUUGACCACUCAGGAAGUAUUAACCCACCAGACUUCCAGGACAUGAAGAAGUUCAUGCUGGAGUUCAUCAACACCUUCCGUAUUGGACCGCAGUACAUCCGCUUAGGGGUUGUAAAAUACUCCGAUUCACCAACUCUGGAGUUCGAUCUGAUGGACUACACUGAUUCACAGUCUCUGGAGAAAGCUGUGGAGGGAAUCCAACAGGAAGAAGGAGGCACGGAGACAGGGAGGGCUCUGGCCUUCAUGGGUCCUCUAUUCAAGAAAGCCGCAAUCACUCGAGGCCAGAAAGUCCGGGAGUACCUUGUGGUCAUCACAGAUGGAGAGUCCAACGACAUGGUCAAGGCUCCUGCAGAGGCUCUACGCACUCAGGGUGUCACCAUCUACGCCAUCGGUGUGAAGGACGCCAAGGAGACGGAGCUAAAGGAGAUCUCCGGCAACCCCAGGUUGACCUUCUUUAUCAACAACUUUGAUGCCCUAAGCCUGAUCAAGGAUGACAUCAUCACCGACAUCUGUACUACUGACGUUUGCAAAGACCAACCAGGCGACCUCCUGUUCCUAAUCGACAGCUCGGGGAGCAUUUAUCCUGAAGACUACGACAAAAUGAAAUCGUUCAUGAAAUCUGUCAUCAGCACGUCCUUCAUCGGGAAGAACGAGGUGCACGUUGGCGUCAUGCAAUUCAGCACAGAGCAGCAGCUUGAGUUCACCCUCAGCCGCUACUUCACCAAAGGUGACAUGCUGGCAGCCAUCAACGGCAUGCAGCAGAUAGGUGGAGGAACGCUGACGGGCCGAGCAAUCGCUGAGGUGUCUCAGUACUUUGACACAGCCAGAGGAGGACGUCCAGAUCUGCGGCAGAGACUUAUAGUCAUUACUGACGGCGAGGCCCAAGACACAGUCAAAGGUCCUGCUGAAGAGCUGAGGGCCAAAGGAGUUGAGAUCUACGCCAUUGGAGUGCUGGAGGCAAACACCACCCAGCUGCUGGAGAUCAGUGGAUCUCAAGACAGGGUGUACUCUGAGAGGGACUUUGACGCUUUGAGGGACCUGGAAAGACAGGUGUCCAUGGAGCUGUGUGAUCCAGGGAGAGACUGCAAGAAGACAGAACAAGCGGACGUCAUCUUCCUGGUGGACGGUUCCACCAGCAUAACCCUGCCCAAGUUCAAGAGCAUGCAGCUGUUCAUGCAGGCCAUGGUCAACCAAACCACCGUUGGCAAAAACCUGACCCGCUUCGGAGUCAUUCUCUACUCCACCAACCCCAAGUCGGUUUUUACUCUGGAUACAUACAGCACCAGGCAGGAGGUGUUCAAAGCUAUAUCAGACCUCAAGUCCCCGUUUGGAGACACCUACACCGGAAAGGCUCUCAAGUACUGUCUUCAGUUCUUUAAUGCCGAGCACGGAGGUCGGGCAGAGCUUCAGGUGCCUCAGAUCCUCAUGGUGAUCACUGACGGCGACGCCACCGAUCGUCACAGUCUGGUGGAGCCGUCGUUGGCGCUGAGGAACAAAGGAGUCAACGUCUUCAGUAUUGGUGUGGAGGGAGCCAAUGUGACUCAGCUGGAGAUCAUGGCCAGUCAGGACAAAUCCAAAGUUUUCUACGUGGACAGCUUUGCUGCUCUGGAAACUCUCUACAAGAACAUCACUCAGGUGCUCUGCAACUACACCAAACCAGUGUGUGAGAAGCAGAAGGCCGACCUGGUUUUCCUCCUCGAUCAGUCCAGCAGCAUCAACCAGCCUGACUAUGCCAUCAUGAAGCAUUUCACCAAUGAACUGAUCAACAGCUUUAAUGUCAGUGAGGACAUGGUGCGCGUUGGACUCGCCCAGUUCAGCAGCGUCUUUCAGGAUGAGUUCUAUCUGAACAAGUUCUAUAUGGAGAAGGAGAUGUCCCACCACAUCCAGAACAUGCAACAGCAGGGCGGAGGCACCAAAAUUGGAGAUGCUCUGUACUCCAUCAAGAAAUAUUUUGAGGCCUCGCACGGCAGCCGCAGAUCAGAAGGAAUCUCCCAGAAUCUGAUUCUGAUCACUGACGGAGAUUCUGACGAUGACGUGGAGGACGCAGCUUUCCUUCUCCGAUCCAUGGGGAUUGAGAUGUUCGCCAUUGGAAUCGGGAACGUUCACGAUCUGGAGCUGCUGCAGAUCACUGGUGAUCCAAGGAGGCUGUUCACGGUGAAGAGCUUCGGCAGCCUGGAGACGAUCAAGCAGAAGGUGGUCGACACCAUCUGCAAGUCCAAACCUUCCAAAGAAGAAUGCGACUGCUCCAUCGACAUCGCCAUGGGGUUCGACAUCUCUCGAAGACGAGCCACUCCCGGUGAGAUGCUCAUCAGCGGUCAGAACAAGCUGCAGGCCUUCCUCCCAGAGAUCGCCCACUACCUUUCUUCAGUGCCAUACCUGUGCUGCACCAAAGCAUCCGUCAGCACCAACUUAGCGUACCGGGUGGUGAGCCGUGACGGGCGCGUUCUGCACGACUACAACUUUGAGAACUACAGCCAGGAUGUGGUGAGGAAGGUCAUGACCUUGAACUUAGCCGAGCCCACGUACUUCAACACGGCCCUGCUGAGGUCCUUCCAGGAGAAGUUCAGCUCCAAGUCCAAUGCAGGCGUGAAGGUUCUGGUGAUUUUCUCCGAUGGACUCGAUGACGACGUGAUGACUCUGGAGCAUGAAUCUGAACUCCUGCGGAAGUCUGGAGUCAGCGCUCUGCUGGUCGUGGCUCUGGAAGGAGUCCGAGACGGCGCUCAGCUGCAGAUGGUGGAGUUUGGUCGAGGGUUUGGAUACAAACUUCCUCUGAGCAUCGGCAUGCCAAGCAUCGGCAGCAACAUCCUCAAACAGAUCGACGGCGUGUCGAACAGAGAGUGCUGCGGCGUCAUGUGUAAAUGUUCAGGACAUGAAGGCGUGCGAGGCUCCCGGGGCCCCCUGGGGCCAAAGGGCGUGUCCGGACAGAAGGGUUACCCGGGGUUCCCAGGAGAGGAGGGCGUCGCUGGAGACAGGGGCAGUUCUGGACCCGUUGGACCUCCAGGUGUCCAGGGCUGUUCGGGACUCAGAGGACAGAAGGGGAACCGAGGCCUCCGGGGGAACAGGGGUGAAGAUGGAGAGGAUGGACUGGAUGGAGUCGAUGGAGAACAGGGAGCGACGGGUCGGGACGGAGCUCGAGCAGAACCAGGAAACCCAGGAAACCCAGGGAUCCAAGGUAUCAGAGGAGAGCCAGGUCUGAGAGGACAGCGAGGACUGAGAGGAGAUCCGGGGGAGCCAGGGUCCGAUAACAGAACCCCAGGACCCAGAGGAGAAGCAGGAAACCCAGGUUUACCGGGGGCUCCGGGACAGGACGGGCUUCCAGGCGAGAGCGGCGUCUCUGGACUCACGGGUCCGGACGGAAGACAAGGUCCACUUGGUGAGAAGGGCCCGAACGGAGCACCCGGAUCUGCAGGACUACCAGGCCCCCCAGGUGCACCUGGCCCUCAGGGUCCCAGAGGGGUCAUGGGUCAACCAGGACCAAUCGGACCACCGGGCCUUCCUGGAACUCAGGUCAGUUCGUUGUAA